AUGGAGAACCGACUCAUCACUAUCCAAGACCUCCGCGGCUCUUCGCCAGGCUCAACGCAGAGAACGUCAUGGGCUUCGCAAUGCGACUGGGAGCGCCAUAGGGAGCGCAUCAUCAACUUGUACAAGUUCCAGGACCACACCCUUCGGAGAGUGAUGCAGAUCAUGCAGCAGGAGCAAGGCUUUGUCGCAACACCUAAGAUGUACAAGUAUCACUUGCGUAAAUGGGGCAUUCAGAAGAACCUCCGCGCAAAGCAAGCUCAUGAGCUGCUACAGCAGACGAGACAGGGGGAUACGCAGGCAUCCGAGUUCUCGAUUGGCGGCAUCAGGGUAGACCAAGAGCGGCUACGCAACCUACUCAAACGUGCGUCCAAGUCGCAGCGCGGCACAGCAGCAUCGAGGGCGGCGGGGACGGCCUGCAUCGGCAAUAACAGCACAUCGCCGUCGACCCGGGCAACACCUUCCCCCCUGCCGCAAGCACGCCUGCGGCCGCCUCACCCCCAGCCCGAACUGGAGCAGAUGCUGUUUGCACUACGGAGCUACGUCAGCGGCAGCUUCGACGCGGGCCGCUGGACGAGGACGCACAUCCCGUGGCAGGACGGGCUGGUCGUGGCGUCGCACAACUGUGGUUGGUCGGCGGGGCGGCUGAUGAACUCGGGUCACGUAACGCAGGCGUUCCGGCUGCUCGGGGUCUGCUUGGACACAUGCAAGCACAUGCUCAGUUCAGAGACGCCAUAUUUCCCUAUCGGGAUAUACGCCUUGUUGUUUGAAUUCUCAAAACGCCACGAGGUGCUCACCAGGGCCAUCAUCGCGUUCCUGCGCGAGCUGGCUCUCGUCGUGCACAGGUCUCGGCGGCACCCUGUGUACGUCCUCUUUCAAGGCAUGAGCUUGAUGACAUCGGAGCAGAUGCGCCAGUGUGCAUGGGCUCUCUCGCAGUCCUACCACCAGGCUCUUCGGGGUGAAUUAGGUCACGAUUCUUCCUCCUCAGAACAGAUAACGGCCCUGAACGGGCGCGGCAUUAGCUGGAUCGCGGCGUAUGGCUCAGCUGAGGACUUGAGCCUCGAGCUUGCACUCCAGGAAAAUCUCGAGGAUGUUUCGAGCGGUGAUACGACGAGCUUCGAGGCAUUGGAGGCGAAUCUGCGACUUGCGAACUUCAUGCUGGACAGGGGCAGGUACGGGGAAGCACGAGAUCUGGCGGUACAAGUUCUGUCCCUGGCAGAAAAGAACGGGGAAGAUGCACAAGACGCCUACCUUCUGGAUGACUGCUAUCGCAUCCUAUUUUGGAUCUCACGGCAUGAAGGUACGACCGAGCAGACCACCAGCGCCGCCCAGAAGUGGGUCAACAUGUGCACGACGAGGCUGGGCCAAUCGCACGAGUUGACAGUCGAUGCACUGGGUGAGGUCGCGGAGUAUUACGGUGACAUUGGGAACAUCGAAGAGGCAAAGAAGAGGCGAUCGGACCAUGAGUCCGCGAUGAACGGAAUGUGCGAGCGCCUGGAGCGGCUUGGGCUGGGUCGUGAGGAUUGUGCUCCUCAAAGGAGGACGAUGUUGUACGGACGUACAUCGCAAGGAUCAGAGCUGCGUUGA